AGAACUAAUCGAGAAAGAAAAAGAAAAGAAGCAGAAAGGAAAGGAAGGAAGCAGAAGCGCAGCAGCAGACAGAACCAUCGCCCAUCGUCUAAUUCCUGCAUCCAAUCAAUCAUCUCCUGUUGUGCGAAAGCCCCCCAUCAGCAGGUCAAAUCCGUCUUCUUCCUUCAACUCACAAACCCCAGAAUUUCAAAUUCUAAAGUUCGAGCCUUUUUCCUCUCGGUCUUUCAGAUCAAUAACCCUUCUCUUCGCUCUUCGCUUCCUUUUCUCUUACAACAGCUGCAAGCCCUUUCAAUUAUCGAUCUUGCCUCCAAAUUCUUCAGUUUUACAGGCUCUAAAAUCUGAGAUAUUGAUAUGCAUAGCAUCGCGAAGAAAGUAGCAGACCAGGCAUCUAAGAAACCUACUCUCUCCAAGUCAGAAUUUGGAUCCUUGUUAAUUGCAUCAUUAAAGUCAAGACGUGGUAGCAGGGUGGCCCUCAGUAAGAAACAAAUAUCAAAGAAAGUUACUCGUCCUCCAAGUAAGGUGACUAGGAAAGGUGUUAGGUCUAGAAAAUUGGUUCGGGGUAAAAGUGCACGCAAACCACUUCAUAAAAGGUCCGGGAAGAAGUCAGAACCGUCUACUGCUAUCUGUCCUGAGUUGAAUGACAAGAAUCCUAAGAAGGAGACUGCCAAGAGAAAAUUCAAAAGGAGAAGGAUAGAUGGAAGGCUAAGGAAUAAUGUAGAGCUAGAUGAACCAUCACGGUUGCAGAGGAGAACAAGAUACUUGAUGAUUAAAAUGAAGAUGGAGCAGAACCUUAUAGAUGCUUACUCUGGUGAAGGAUGGAAAGGCCAAAGUCGAGAGAAGAUCAGGCCAGAGAAGGAACUACUAAGAGCAAAAAAACAGAUUUUGAAGUGCAAACUUGGAAUACGGGAUGCAAUCCACCAACUUGAUUUGCUUAGUGCAGUUGGAUGUAUUGAAGACUCAGUUAUGGCCCCAGAUGGAUCAGUAUCCCAUGAACAUAUCUUCUGUGCAAAGUGCAAAUCAAAUGACGUGGUCCCGGAUAACGACAUUAUACUCUGUGAUGGGACAUGCAAUUGUGCCUUCCAUCAAAUGUGCCUUGAACCUCCACUUCACACCGAAAACAGUAAUCUAUCCAUUGUCGUAUACUUACCCCCUGGAGACCAAGGAUGGUUCUGCAAGUUCUGCGAAUGUAGAAUGGAAAUCAUAGACUCAAUGAAUGCACACCUUGGAACCCAAUACUCAACGAGUUGCGAAUGGCAGGAUCUUUUCGAGGAAGAGGCAGCAGCUCCUGAUGGUGGGAACAUUUUAAUUCUUGAAGAGGAAUGGCCCUCGGAUGACUCUGAGGAUGAAAAUUAUGAUCCAGAAAGGAGGGAAAAUAGCAUGAAUGGUGCAGGAACGGAUGAGUCGGAUAUUGCUAGCAGCUCCACUAGCUUGGGUUGGUCUUCAGAUGAUGAAGCUGUUUCUGGAUCCAGAAGAUGGGAUAUGGAGGGAAAAGAAUUCAGAAACCAGUCAAUAUAUAGUAGCUUAGAUUCUGAUGAAUCUAGUGAUGUUGAAAUCAUGAGCGGCCGCAGAAAGCGCAGAGCAGUUGAUUAUCGGAAAUUGUAUGACGAAAUGUUUGGAAAAGAUGCUCAUGUAGCUGACCAACUCAGUGAAGAUGAAGACUGGGGUCCUAGCAAGAGGAAAAAGAAGGAAAAGGAGUCAGAUGCUGCAAGCACGCUUAUGACUCUCUACAAACGUAAAAAACAAGCAAAAAAGGAUGAGACUUUGGAAGGAAAAAAGGACCUUCCUAAAGAAUCUCGAGUUCGAAGGGCACUAUCGAGAAUUCCACCUAGUGCAGUUGAGGUCAGCAAAUGGUUCAAGAACGCAAGGUACCUGGCAUUGAGAUCCAGAAAGUGCAGUGAUUCCAACCCUAAGCUGUCUGGUGAAGCAACAGAAAACGAAAAUAAGAGUGGAGGCGCUGAAGUUUCAGAUGCCGUAACUGAAGUCGGGCUACAGACAACAAGGACUUCAAAAGAUGUAUUCCCAAAGAAGAAGCUAAGAUCUAAUUGCGGGCUGAAGGAAAAUGAUCAAAAAGAAGUUUCCCUUGAAUCACAGGCAGGAAAUAGUGAGGUAUUGCUGAAAAAGCAUUUCAGCAAGUGUGAUCUAGGACAUCAUAAUUCAAGAUUCCACUGGAAUCAAGCUAACAUUCAUUUUCCCUGUUUCACACAGAUGGAAGCCCAAAAGGGUGAUGAUCCGAGCUUGAAGACUCUGCUAGAAGAAAAAUCAAGUACAGGGAAGAAGCAUUCCUACUCAAAAUAUUCGGAGUCCCCGUCUCAUCAACUUGCCGAGAGUGAGAUGGAGAGACUUUGUAGAGCCAAAGACACCCUAGAGAACAUGAGGCAGUUUCUGGGGAGUCUACCAAUCAGCAAACGUAGGAGGUCCAAGGCGCUUGUUUUUCGAGAGAGGGUGGUUUAUGUGCCUACUGCUGAGCUAAAGGAUAAGAUUACGACAGUUGGAUAA